AUGUUUCUGCCGCUGAGACUAAAUGACCGAGAUCGCGACAGGACCCGUUCGAAAAAGACCGCCUCCCCUUCAUCUCCCAAAACAAAACAUCGCCAUCCCCGAUCCUCCCAGGGGCGAUCCAGCCGAACCUCAACCAAGGAACAAGACGCUGACGCUCCGACGGGCCGCUCCUCCACCCCUUCUACCUCUACCGCCUCCUCCCGCAAACAGCGUCGCUCCUCCAUGCCUGGAGUCGACAGCGCCAGCCGCUCCGGCACGGCCUCGUUCCUGGAGUCACGAACGAGUCUCCCAUACCCGACCUUCUCGAAAGCCCACAGCAAAGAGGCUGUGGGCAAGCCCGGCAUCCCCACCCCCGACCCAACAGACUUGACCGAGAAGUCGAAAGAAAACGAAAAUGGCGACAGCACCGAGCCAUCCGACAACCAGAAUGCGCCCCCGAGUCCGCCCCUGACAAGUGUGGACCAGAAUUCCCGCAAAGGUAGCUCGGUCGGCGAGAAGGAUGAAAAAAGUACCGGCGAGAAGUCGAAGGAUGGGAAGACCAAGAUACGAAUCCGGACCGAGUCGACAAGGUCGUCGUCGAGUCUGCGAUCGAAGCGGGAUGAGAAAUCCAAGUCCAGCAAGACCACGAAACCAGAUACGCCCUCGAAGUCGAAACGAUCCAGCCAUCAUGAAAAGGACUCGCCCUCACGGACGGCGAGUCGCAAUUCGAUGAAAUCCAAAAUCGUCGACGAAGCCUCCCUGCCCAAGCGAUCGGGUAGCCGUUCUGCAGCAUCGCCAACCGGGUCGCCCGCGACGGUGCGAGAGGUGGGCACGGAAUCAGCGAAUGGCUCUGAUGCAACCAUUGGAGCUCCUCCCCGCAAGCCCAAGAGUCCUGAUAAACCGCCUUCCCGCACCCAAAUGCGAUCGUCCAUGUCCAGUCGCCCCGGUAGUCGCACGCCCGUCGACGUGUCUUUCGAUUAUGGACGGCCUCCGACAGCACAUUCUGCCUUUGAUGCUCCCCCGCCUCCCCCUCCUCCGCCGGAGAUGCCAGUUUCGAUCCCCCGGGUGGAUUAUCUCCUACAGAAUGGUGGGUUGGAUCACCGCGUUCCGAAGGCGCUGCUCAUGGGCGCGGGUGUCCCUGAAACGGCACCUUACCAGACACUUCCGCCGCAAUAUGCUGCAUCGCGAGUCUUCGAUCCUUUUAAUCGUCUGCUUGACGACUAUAAUAAUGUGAUGGCAAAGAAUGGGUCCUUGGCUGUAGCCACGGGAUAUCGGUCAGUUGCACGCCGGCUAUUGGACCGGUUGGAGGCGGUGUUUGCUCGUGAUAUCUCGUCGGAGUCCUGCACUUGCCUCAUGUGUGACCAUGAGGAGAUGGAAGAGCGCCCCUCCGGGGUGAGCUGGGGAGAGGUUCUCGAGUUGGUCUCGGGACGCAGAGAACUGCCCAAUUGGCCGCCGUUCAUUCUGAUGCCGUCGGUCGGGGAAGCCGAGCUGUCCGGUAACGAGCACAUUCCCAUGCAGAAGAUGGAUAUCGACGUUCCAGAGGAGUAUCGCGAGCACUACAUGCGACAGUCCCGCAAGACGCAAGCGGCCGUUGACAAGUGGUUGAGCGAGCAGUCGGACCAACCGACGAGUGCACCUCAAGACGUUGACGACGAGACUCUGACGUUUGCCAUGCUCACGCACCUCGCGCCCGAGCUGCGCCCGAUCUUCCGCGCACUGCUCGGCAUCAAGUCUACCUCGCCGACCCCCCAGCCUGAUGGCGAACCCCGCGUGAGAUCUCCUGCCCUGGUAUCGUCGUCCCUCGCGAUCCAACGCCUUUAUCGGCUACCCUCGGUUCCACGCGAUCCCGAGACGGCGAUGUACAUGUUGAACAACCCGGGCAUGCACCACGUCCUUGCUACUCUUGCCGCUAUCAGUGACGACGAGUGGGAUAUUCUCAUAUCCGGCCGAUUUGACGGAUUCCUGCGCAGUGGCGCGGAAGAUACAUACGCCGGUCCUGGGUCUACUCCUCCGCGCUGGAGCAACAGCCGGUCCAACACCCCCUUUACUACCGGAGGCAUCUCGCGGGGCCCAACCCCCAGCCAUAUGGACGGUACGUUUAGACCCGCGAGCCAGCCGUAUGGCGUGAACUCGACUGCGUCGUUCGGAGGACCUAUCGCCCUCGACGAAGAGAUGGAAAUUGCGGCCCUGGCCGAGAUCGAGCGCGACAUCUACCUCGGCAUGGAAGCUCUGGAAGACGCCUUUGAAGCACUGCAUUGCAAGGCAGAGACGGUCCGGCGUGCUCUCCGCGAACGCGGCGCCGGACUGUCCGUGGCGAACCAGAACCGGCGCGGGUCAUACGUCGAGGCUCGUCUAGGCACGCCGUCGUCGGCGCUGGGUCAAUGGGAGAGCGGGCCGGACGACGAUUUCCUCGACGACGACCGGUCGCUGGCGCCGGACGACUCUGCCAGCAACAUCAGCUCCAACCGUCGCCGUCGCCCGAAGCGACGCACCGAACGGCGGACUCCUGCUCCGGUGGAGGAGGAAGAUGAAGAUUUUGCUAUCUACACCGUCCUUGUACAGUACACUUUCACCUAUUCACCUAUUCACCCACUUGGCGCAUCCUCAGACUUUUACCUCUUCCUCCUCACUUCUUACUUUGAUCUGAUCCCGGUCAGACGGUUUAGACCAGACUCAACCAUGGAUGGCGAUCGCACGGGCACGAUCAUCCUUAUUUCCCGACCUAACUACCUUGUAACCUUGUGCUCCGUAGACACUAUCCCGCGGGAAAGGUACCCGAAGGGUGUCACCGAACCGCGGGCUGGUGCAAGGUUCUACCCGCUCCAGACCGAAUUUUCGCAUGACAAUGACAAUUUGUUGGGUUCUGACAUGCCCCUGCUACAUAUGUAUGUCGCCACGAUGGUCUACGGAGUACGAGUAUAA